GAUGGGCAGUCUGAACGGACCAUUCAGACUUUGGAGGAUAUGCUGAGGGCGUGUGUUCUUGAUUUUAAGGGCAGUUGAGAUGAAUAUUUGCCAUUGAUUGAGUUUGCCUACAAUAAUAGCUAUCACAGCAGUAUUGGCAUGCCACCGUAUGAGGCUUUAUAUGGCAGGAGGUGUAGAACACCAAUUUGUUGGAACGAUGUUGGUGAGAGACAGAUGUUGGCUCAGCAAAUGGAGCAAUUAGGUGAGGAUCGGAGGCUAGGUCCUGAAAUGGUUAAACAAACCGUUGAUGGAGUUCAAAUUAUAAGGAAGCGUUUAAAAAUUGCCCAAGAUCGUCAAAAGAGCUAUGCUGAUAAACGAAGAAGAGAUUUGGAAUUUGAGGUGGGUGACCGUGUAUUCAUUCGUGUAUCGCCUUGGAAAGGGGUUGUUCGCUUCAAAGGAAAGAAGAAAUUGGCACCGAGGUACAUUGGGCCGUAUGAGAUUACCGGAAGAGUAGGCGCAACGGCUUAUCGAUUGGCUUUGCCGAUGGAAUUGGCACGGUUGCAUGAUGUAUUCCAUGUUUCGAUGUUGAGGAAGUAUGUGCCAGAUUCGACACACGUGCUAAAUGAUACGGAACCGAUGGAACUAAAAGAGAACUUGACCUAUGUGGAGGAACCAAUUCGGAUUUUGGAGCGAGGGGAACAUGUCCUUCGUUCAAAAGUAAUACCGUUGGUGAAAGUCCAAUGGCGUAAUCAUUCAGAGCGGGAAGCUACGUGGGAGAUGGAGGAGUCUAUGCGAAAGAGCUAUCCGCAUUUGUUUGAAUGUGGUAAGUAAUUUCGGGGACGAAAUUUCCUAAGAGGGGGAGGGUGUAACA